GCGAGAUUUUAGGGUUCAAGUGAGUUUGCUUGCUUUCUGGUCUGAUCUCUCCGCCAAACUGACGUCUAGAACUAUCUUGACAUGAUUGCAGAGGUCCUUCUAGUCCUUGCAGGCCACUCCUCAUCGCUGUUUCCAACAGAUCACAAUUUACACCCUGUUUUCAGACCAUUGCUGCAUCCAGGCGAAGAGCAAUGUCUUGAAGCCCUCGGACAGAUAGCUUUCAGAUACCGCAACAUAAAGAAGGCGUGUACAAUCCUCUCCCGGUCCAAGUCGCGUUAUGUCUGCGCACUCUGCGCGACAUUAAACCAGAUUCUGAAGGACGAAUACGAAAGACUUGUGGUAGAUACAGAGGCGAAGAUCUUGAAACGCGAUCCUGAGCUCGUUGCCCACGGGUCUUUUGUACCACUUUCAGCUGUACGGGCGACUUUUGCAGAAUGGGACUCUCCGCUCACAGCGUUAGAGACCUUGAUGAAUCAGCUGCAAGCUCAGAAGCACUGGCAGCCUGGUCCCCUGAUUGACAUGUUGCUCGCUCGUUCAAAGACUGGCGUCUAUAGGAUUGCGGAUAUCAUAUCACGUCUUUCUGUCGCCGUCCAACGCGUGUGGCGGAGUCAAUUGUCCGCAUUCCUGGUACACGGAUCCUUGGCUUCCUCUGAUCCUCUAGCAUCAGAAGAUUUUACGCUUUUGGAUGGCACUAUGCCUUCUUGUAUCUCUUCUGAAACGAGAGAAUCCAUCAUUUAUGUGGGUCGCGCCAUCGCCACCGUCAAAGCCAAAAAGUGGCAGAAUCAGCUGCCGCGCGAGCAAGCGCUUGAGUAUGCCAAUCUGCUGGAGACCGUCUUGCCCGAGGACCGAUACAAAUUCGACCUCGUGAUCUCGCAGAUCCGGACAAAUGUCAGUGAAUGGUUAUGGCUCAACGUUCUGACGCGGAAGGAUGUCGAAGACGCUGUCAUAUCGCUGGCCAGUUACUUUCUUCUGCGCAAUGGCGAAUUCAGCUUAGCACUCAUCCGCGAGAUUGAGCGCUUGAAGGUAUCACGGCUCACGACUCGAUCAGGAGCAGCGUCAGUGAUUCGAGAACAAGAUUUAAAUCUAGCGCUCCUCCGAGCGUCUCUUGGAACUACCGCUCAGCAUGAUCCGUCACUUUUACAUCUCCGUUUCGAGCUCCCUUCCGGGCCCCUUAGGCCCCUGCUGCCCUCAUUGGCAAAUUCCAAAGCACUAUCUUCGUCCGUUGCUAGUAAUUCAGCCGAAGUCACAUCCUUCGACGACCUCCUUUUAGGCACAAAUCUCAUCCUGUCGUACAAUGUCACCUGGCCUCUGGAUCUUUUUCUGCACCCCUCAGAUCUUCAGAUAUAUGCAGCUCUUUUCAACUACCUUUCUUCUUUACGCAAAACCCACACUCGGAUCCACACGUGCUGGACCUCACUCUCCAACGCACAACGUGCGCGACGGCGAUGGACGGGUCUUGGCGAAGGUGGCACUGCCGAAGACCUCGAAGUGCGUAGGGAACUGUUACGUUGCGGGUGGGGUGUUGUGAGGGAUAUGGGAUGGUUCCUUGACACGGUCCUCGGUUAUGUCAUGGUCGAUGUCGUAGACGUCGAGUUCAGAAGACUGAAGGAUCUCUUGGGUAACCCAAGACACGGACAUCCUGAGAGCGUGGGCAAACACCCCAGUUCACAGAACAUUGGCGCCCAAGCCAAUGCAGACCCCUCAACCUACCUUGAUUUCACCACGCUGCGAAAUAUUCACACGACGUAUCUCGAGCGCUUGCUGACGGGGUGUUUGCUGUCUAAUCCCGCUCUUACUGCGAUUCUUCGGCCAAUUUUCGAGGUGUGCGAACGAUUUGUUGCACAGGUGGAGAGAUGGGGCGGAGAUGUCCUGCCUGCGUUACUGUUUGAGGGGAGUUUAGCAGCCGGUGGGGAUGAUAAGGUGGGUACUAUGGUACAGGAGCGGUUUCAAGUUGUGUCAGAGAUAAAUGAGAACCUUCAUGUGCUGCUUAACUUGUUCUACGAGCAGCUUUCGCUGUCGACCUCUCAGCAACCCUUCACAGCCACUGGCGAUGCCUCGAAGUCCAUUCUAAUGAACGCUAGCGUGGUCAAUGCGUCGACAUUACAGCGCACGUUCAUCCGAGGAAAGAGCGCCAAGGGUUUCGAGGGAGAGGGAGAAGUUCGCCGACACGUUGAGAGGUUGUUACUUCGGCUGGACUUCAACGGAGCGUUAUCGAAACCCAAAGGUGGUGCCAGCGAACAGAUUGCGAGGGAAAAUGUGAGUGCGUAUCCUUUGUAGAGAUUACAUGUAAUCUGGAAAGAUAAAAUUAUGCAUUGGAUUACUUUGAGUGCUAGAUCUGGCAGUUUUAUU